AAUUUCUCAAUUUUCAGAGAUAUUACUGGAUUCUACAAAUCACAUUAAUUCUCAUCCUCAUCAACUAAUUUUUGGUUGGUCUGAAUCUGAAUGGUGGGAUGUCAAUCUUUUUGAUUGGCAUAUUAAUGACGGAGAUAUAAACCUUAAGUUACAAGCUGGUGGUUUUAAUUUAGAUGUUUUAAAAGCUGCUCGAAAUCCUGGUUUUUAUGAUCCUUGGUCACCUACGAGAGAUAUUACAUUAGCAAAUAAAAAUUAUUUUGGUCUAUAUUCUGCAAAACUUGACUGGACUCUAUUAUGCGGUUUUGAAGUUAUUAAUCGAUGGAUUGGUAAUGAUGAUUACUCUGCUUCUGAUCAUAAAUAUAUGAUGGUGGAAAUUAAAUUUGAUGGUUUAGAUAAGAUUUCAAAUUCUUCAACAAAAAAUUCUUGGAAAUUGAAAAGAGAUAAUUGGAAAAAAGAAUUACACGGUACCGAGAAUGUCAAUUUAGGAAAAUGGGUUAAAAUUCUUGGAAUUGGCAUUAGUGUUUCAAUCUUUAUUUUUAAUACUUUUCAUCGUCGUUGA